GCGCACGUCCCAUCCAUCGCUGCCAUGGACCAAGGCUUCAAGGCCGCGCUCAUCGGCGCCGUCCUCGCGUUCAAGGGCUGCGCGCUGGCGGCGGGGCUGCCCGAGCUUCGCGGGUCGUAUCGCCGGACGCUCUGGGUGCUCGCAGGUACCUCAGCCUUGCUCAUUCUCAUCGGCGCGACGAUUGCGUGGCCGAUCCAGCUCGUGCUCUGGCUGUUCCUUGGCCGCAACUCGCCGUACACGACGCUGCUCGCGAGCGUGUUUCAAAAGUGGGUCACGGGCGUUCCGUUUGUGCUCAUCGCUGCGUGUCGCUAUGUCCACCCGACGCUGGUCGACAACCUCUUCUUCCUCGGGCUCGGCCAGGAGCACGCGUCUUUCGUGCCGGUCCUCUCCUCGAUCCCCAUAUCUCUCUUUGACUGGGACUACCUCCGCGCGACAGCGACCUUCUUGGCGUACCGGUCGGCGCUCUUUCUCAUCCUCGCCUUGGGCUCGUUCUUGACGCCGCUCUUUGGCAGUCUCUUUGCCAUCGCGGCGUUUGGCUUCAAGAUCCGACGCACAGAAAUGGUCCUGUCGUCCGUCGUGUUUGGCUUGUACGUUGUGCCGUGGACCCGACCGAUUGCGAUCGAGCUCGCCAAAAUUUGGUUUGACGCACGAGCGGUGACCAAAGAGCUCUUUUACCCCGUCUUUGCUCGCAAGGCAAAGCUCGUCACAGAACACGAGAUUCCAUGCACGAUAUCACCGCAUCAGUCGGCGAUGCUAUUUGGGUUCUCAUAUGUGCUCGGGUAUUUCGUGCAGGUGCCUGUCGUCGGUCCCUUCGUGUGGCUUCUCGCGUUCAUUGCGGCUGGCAUGGCCGCCCCCCGCAUGUUCCACCUCACACCCGCAAAGCUCUAGUCUCUGUCAUGGCUCUCAGAUUCAUUCUGAUUUCUGGUGCGACUAACAUCAACUAAAGUCGAGUCUCUUCCUACUUCC